UUCAUAUUGAAAUUGAAAAUUGCGAAGUGUAACAAAAAGUAACGAACUUUUGUGAGUGAACAUUUUUCAAAGUGGUUAAAAAGUUAAAAGUUUAAUUAAAUUCAGUAAAACAAAAGCAAGAAAAUAAGAAGUAUAAACAAAAAAGAUGCCAGCAAUCGGAAUUGAUUUGGGAACUACCUACUCCUGUGUCGGAGUGUUCCAGCACGGAAAGGUAGAAAUCAUCGCAAACGACCAGGGCAACCGAACAACCCCCAGCUAUGUGGCGUUCACAGACUCAGAACGACUCAUCGGUGAUGCGGCCAAGAACCAGGUUGCCAUGAACCCCAAAAACACAGUGUUCGAUGCAAAGAGGUUGAUUGGACGAAAGUUUGACGACCAAAAGAUCCAGGACGACAUGAAACACUGGCCAUUCAAAGUCGUGAGUGACUGUGGAAAACCAAAGAUUAGUGUGGAGUUCAAGGGGGAGCAAAAGUCAUUCGCUCCAGAGGAAAUUAGCUCAAUGGUUCUGACAAAGAUGAAGGAGACUGCUGAGGCCUACUUGGGCCAGACACUCAGAGAUGCAGUUAUCACAGUUCCAGCCUAUUUCAAUGACUCACAGCGGCAAGCAACCAAAGACGCUGGAGCCAUUGCUGGGUUGAAUGUGCUCAGGAUCAUAAACGAACCUACAGCAGCAGCCUUGGCUUAUGGUUUGGACAAAAAUCUGUCUGGUGAACGAAAUGUACUGAUAUUCGAUUUGGGAGGUGGCACCUUUGAUGUGUCCAUACUGACCAUCGAUGAGGGGUCGCUGUUCGAAGUAAGGUCGACGGCUGGUGAUACACAUUUGGGAGGUGAAGACUUCGACAACCGAUUGGUGAAUCACUUCUCAGAAGAAUUCAAACGCAAAUAUAAGAAGGAUCUGAAGUCGAACCCUCGAGCUCUUCGACGCUUGAGAACAGCAGCAGAAAGAGCCAAGCGCACACUCUCAUCUAGCACUGAAGCCACCCUUGAAAUUGAUGCUCUAUACGAAGGAAUCGACUUCUACACAAAGAUCAGUCGAGCCCGUUUUGAGGAGUUGUGUUCGGAUCUAUUCCGGUCGACUCUAGACCCCGUGGAGAAAGCCUUGAAGGAUGCUAAAAUGGAUAAGGGCCAAAUACACGACAUCGUUUUGGUUGGAGGAUCAACGAGGAUUCCAAAAGUGCAGAAUCUCCUUCAGUCGUUCUUCAAUGGAAAAACACUAAAUCUGUCGAUCAAUCCUGAUGAGGCAGUUGCCUAUGGAGCAGCCAUUCAAGCAGCAAUCCUGAGUGGUGACAAGAGUAGUGAAAUUCAGGAUGUGCUUCUAGUCGAUGUGGCUCCCUUGUCUCUUGGAAUCGAAACAGCCGGAGGUGUGAUGACUAAACUAAUUGAACGCAACUCAAGGAUUCCGUGCAAACAGUCGAAGACAUUUACUACUUAUGCCGAUAACCAGCCAGCGGUGACCAUCCAGGUGUUCGAGGGAGAAAGGGCGCUCACCAAAGACAACAAUCUUUUGGGAACAUUCAAUUUAACUGGCAUUCCACCAGCACCUCGCGGUGUUCCAAAGAUCGAUGUUACCUUCGAUUUGGACGCUAAUGGAAUCUUAAACGUUGCUGCCAAGGAGAUGGGUUCUGGCGCAGCGAAGAACAUCACAAUCAAAAACGACAAGGGUCGACUAUCACAAGCCGAAAUCGACCGAAUGGUGUCUGAAGCGGAGAAGUACCAGGAAGAGGACGAAAAACAUCGCCAACGCAUCGCCGCUCGCAACAGCUUAGAAGGAUACGUGUUCAAUGUGAAACAAGCAGUUGAACAGGCCGGCAACAAGCUGGAACAGUCUGACAAAGAUAGAGCCUUGGAAUGCUGCACUGAAACGAUCAAAUGGUUAGACAACAACACCACAGCCGAGAAGGAAGAAUUCGAGCAUAAGAUGGAAGAAGCAACAAGAAUCUGCAGUCCAAUUAUGACCAAAAUACACACAGGAGCUGCAGGUGGAGCUGGAGGUUGUGGAGGUCAGCAAUCAGCUAACUUUAAACAACAGGCAAAUGGCUUUGGCAACGGCUACAGUGGCCCAACAGUAGAAGAAGUCGAUUAAAUCUAGUCUCUUGUUAUUAAAUGUAAACAUUUUAAAACUGCUUUUUAUUAAGUAUUCCCAUUGUUCAUAAAUAAUUGCCAAAUAGUUGAAGAAAGUCCCGACCGGGUUCCAAUUCAAGACUUAAAAAUUGUUACUUUAGUUUUAUGUUAGUUAAGGUUUAUUUAUUUGUAAGAAAAAAGUAUUAUAAAUUGUUUAAAUAGACUGAAAAUGUUAUUAUGCACUUAUUAUAAUAAAAUA